AUGUCUCCCGACUCGAUUUUCAGCUCUGUCGAAAGCGAGCAAAGAUGGGUUCUUGCUAUGGAGAAGAAUUUCCCUCAACAACACGUCCUGGAUAUAGAUUUCGACAUUCCUUCUUGUGUGUUCAGAGUGUCAAAAAUCUUGACUGAAGCAAAACCAGAAGCUUACGCCCCUCAGCACCUGGGCCUGGGGCCUUACCACCACCUGCGGCCCGACCUCUACAUAAUGCAGAAGCAAAAGCUUGCCGCCGUCAGGAAAUUUCUGGGCCAGGAAAAGCUGCAGAAGUUUAGGCAAGUGGUUGAGGAUCUGGUCCAAUGGGAGCCUGUUCUUCGAGCUUGCUACGAUGAGUACCUGGAUCUUGAUAUCCAGACGCUGGCCUGGAUUCUGGCCAUUGAUGGUCUAUACUUGGUCCAGUUCUUGAAGAAUUAUCCCGAAAUGGAGCACCUGGCGGGGGAUAUUCUGAUGUUGGAGAACCAAAUCCCUGUCAUUUUGCUCAAGAAAAUUCUUCAAGUUCUUGAACUCGUCCCCAAUGAUCAGAAUGACUGUUCUUUGUUUGAGGAAUUUGAAACUCUCUGUCAGGCCCAUUCUCCUCUCAGAUUGAACAAGCAACGGGCGAUAAUCGGAGAUGUAAGUCAAGCUCACCUGCUGAAUCGCAUGUAUUAUUUGAUUGUGAACAACAGGGGUAUCCAAGAGGAGGAGUACGUCUCCAUGUUCUCAGCCGCAGUGACAAGAAUUGGACUGAAUGAUGUUGUCGAAGGCGUGCAAUUUCUUGCUGAACGAGGCUUUCCAGGGGCUGGAAUUGCAGGCCAAAUUCUAUCCGCCGUGCAGAAGGUGCCAUGGGAUAAAAUUCUAGGCCUGUUCAAGAAAGGAGGUACUGAUGAAGAAAACCCGUCAGUCCAGGAGAUCGACAUUCCUUCCGUUACACAGAUGACUGAAAUCGCUGGAAUAAAAUUCACACUCACACCUGGAGGAAUCAGGGACAUCGAUUUUGAGGAAAAGAAUUUCUAUCUCCCAGUGAUUAGAGUGAACGCUACAACAGAAGUCGUGUUGAGGAAUUUGGUGGCUUACGAAGCAGCAACAACCGAACCAGGAUCAACCUUGGAGCUGGCCGAGUAUGUGGAUUUGAUGUGUGGAAUUAUAGACAGUUCCAAGGAUGUGGAAAUUCUGAGAAACGAGGGGAUCAUAGAAAGUGAACUGCCUGACGACGAAAUUGCCCAUAUUUUCAAUGGGAUUGGCAAAUCAACGAAAAAGAACGAUAAUAAAUCAAACAUCGAAGAGGCCGUUGACAAUGUGAACUCAAGAUACGGCAAUUUACUCAGUGUUAAGGUUAAACGACUCCUGAAGAAAUACGGCUACGCUUCGUUGAAGUUUCUUGGUGUGCUUAUUACCAUCGCAGUGCUGGUGCUGCUUACACUGCAAGCCUUCUGCUCGGUUUUCGGCUGCGGACGCUGGUUCGGCAAGAUCACAGCACAAAGCCAGAAUCUGGUCUUCUCAUAUUAG